UCUACGGGUAUAUUAAUAUUCAACAUGUCAGGAUUGCGUAAGGAAUUCAACUAUACUGAUAAAGAAAUUUUGUCAAUGAUGAUGGAAUUAAAGGUUACACAUACUAUUAAUUUGGUAGAACUUAGAAGAGCAUUUUUUAAGCAAAUAAAAGCUCAUCAUUCGGAUAAAGGUGGCGCUGUUCAAAAAGCACAGAUUAUAACUCAAGCCUAUCGUGUUUUAAAGCAAUAUGUGGAGGCCGGAAUAAUGCUGCCUAAAGCUACUCAAAAUGGCUUUCAUCAGCCUUCAACAUCUGCUGAUUUUGGGGGAAGGAGUGGCUGCAGACCAAAUCAAUCAGCUCCUCGAGCCGCCCCAGAUGGAUUUGAAGAUUUUGGGGAUUUUCAGGACGUAAAAUCUAAGCGAAGGAAAAAAUUUGGAGGAAUGAGUAAUGGCAAAAAUAACCAACAACAGGAAAGUGAUGAUGCUAGGGAUGAGCCUUCAACUGGAGGGAAACCUAAAAAUAUUAAUAUUAAAGCACAAAAAUUUGUUAAUGGCUAUACUUAUUUAAAAGAAGAUUUUUCUACUUAUGAUGACCCAAUGGAAAGGCCAGAUCGACAAAAGGAUGGAGUUAGAAAAAUUCGUGGUGGUUUACUUCUCUAUAAGGACUUUAAUCGUGCACUUGUACUUCCAACAGAAUAUCAAGAAUUGGGAAGUACAUUUUCCGAAAAUGAUUUGGUAGAUGACCCUUCAUUUGCACCAAUUUUGGAAAAAUUACAACAAAUUGCUUGUGAUUUGCCUUCUUUAGCCGAAAAAUUGAGAAUAUUUAUUUAUAUUGCUUGGGCAUUUGAUGGAGGUGCUAUGCAAGAUGCUAAAAUUAUGUUACAAAAAGUUAAAAUCGCACCUUAUGGUACUGAUGAUGAUUCUCUUUAUGAGAUAAAAAUACCACGCCGAACAUUUGAUGACGAUGUUUUAACUACAGGCCUUCACGUUUCAGUACGUUCUGUCUCUGAUGGAAAAUUAUAUGCUAAUGCAGUUAUAGAACAAGUCAAUCCUUCAAGUCAAAGCAUUGUUCUAUUUUUUGUCGAUCCUUUACGGCUUUCUCGAAUUUUGGCGUUGAGCAAUAAUGUAAAUGUGUCAAUUAAUAGUUCUGCUUUUGUUUAUCGCUCACAACUUCGUUCAUUAGAAUGGAUAUUGGCAAAUUGUGGAAGUAGAAGAAAUAUGGAUCAAAUAAUUUAUCCUAAGCCUGAAUUUACUGAGACCCUUGAAGAGUUUCGAACGCGCAGAGCUGUUGAAUUGUUGUCAAUGCCAUUUCGAGAAGAAGCUGAUCAUAGCUAUAAUGAAGAACAAAAAAACGCCAUCUUCUCAAUUGUCAAUAAAGAACACCAUCCAUGGCCGUUUGUUUUAUUUGGACCUCCAGGAACUGGAAAAACAAUUACUUUAAUUGAAUCAAUUAGACAUUUAGUCCUUCAAUCAUCCCAAAAUCGUAUUUUGGUUUGUACUCCAAGUAAAAUGGCUGCUGAUAAUUUUGCUGAAGCUCUUUUACAACAUGACUUUUUGGAACACAAAUAUAUUUUUAGAAUGCACUCUUUAUCAACGAUGGCACACAGUCGAAAUAAAAAAUUGGACCCGAUAUCUUAUUUAGCAAAAGAAGCCAAACACCGUUUCUUUGGAAUUCCUGAUCGUUUAAAUUUAAAAAUGUUUCGUGUAAUAAUUGCAACAUUAGCUACUUCAUCUUAUCUAAUUUUGGCUGGCGGUUUAAGGGAUUAUUUUACACAUAUAAUUGUUGAUGAAGCUGGUCAGGCAUUAGAAUCAGAAGUUUGGAUUCCUAUAGGAGGACUUGUUGGAAAAGAAACCUCUGUCGUUUUGGCAGGCGAUCCAAUGCAAUUAGGUCCAGUUCUAAAUGUAAAUUCAAUGAAAUGGUUUGGUUUUGAUAUUUCUAUGCUUAAAAGAAUUAUGCAUUCUGAAAUGUACAAGGAUUCGUCUGACGAAAGAUUUUUUGUUAUUCUACGCCAAACAUAUCGUUCACAUUAUAAUAUUUUGAGGCCUUGUUCUUAUUUAUUUUAUGAUAAUAUGUUAAUUGUUGAUGAUAGACAAGGAAAUUUUUAUAAACUUUCUGAUUGGGAAGGAUUACCUACAAAGGUCUAAAUUUGCUCUUUUAUCACAGGUUUCCCAAUAAUUUUCCAUUCUUCUCGUGGC